GGGCGCCGCCGCGCGCCAGCCCAGGUGUCACCGCCGGGCGGCGGCGGCGGCACAGAACAGAUGGGAACACCCGACCCGACCUGACCUGAGCUGACCGGACCGGAGUGGGCGGGGGCGCACCGGGAGCGCUUCCAUGAGUCAGACGGCGCCGCGAGCCCGGGUGUCGGCCGGCCGAUUCCCCACCGCCGCCAGCCAGCUUGUCUAAAAAAGGCCGCCGGCGCCGCGGCCGUAACCUGAGCACGGCGGCGCAGGCGCACUGGCCCGUCGGCGGCCAGGUGCCCGCUGGAGCCAGUUCCAGGCGCCGAAACGCGGUUGUGCCGUGCAGCGAGCGGUGAACGGUGGCGAGCGCGCCCGGUUCGGCCAGCCAGUCCUCCCCCCGAACGCGACCAACACCAGCCGGCCAGCCAUGUCCUCCUCCAAGACGACGCGCAAGUACACGUACAUGUCGUCGUCGGGUGGCGGCGGCGGCUCCGACGUCCAGGUGGAGUUCCACACGGACCAGAUCGCCCUGGCCCGCAUGGAGGACCGCAUCCGCCAGCUGCAGGAUGACCUCGAGUCCGAGCGCGAGAUCCGACAGCGGAUCGAGCGAGACAAGGGCGACCUGAGCGUCAGCCUGAUCCAGCUGCGGGAGCGGCUGGAGGAGGCGGAGAGCGGCGUGGACGGCCAGAUUGAGAUCAACAAGAAGCGUGACGCGGAGCUGAUGAAGCUGCGCAAGCUGCUGGAGGACGUCCACCUGGAGAGCGAGGACAACCUGCACAUGCUGAAGAAGAAGCACCAGGAGACGAUCCAGGACUACAUGGACCAGCUAGACGCCAUGUCCAAGACAAAGGCCAGGCUAGAGAAGGAGAAGAACAAGUUCCAGACCGAGGUGUACGAACUCAUGAGCCAGCUCGAGGGAUCAAACAAAGAUAAGGUCACCAUUCAGAAGCAGUGCGAGAAGCUCGAAGUCACCGUGCACGAGCUCAACAUCAAAAUCGAAGAGAUCAACCGGACAGUCAUCGACCUGACCAGCGCUAAGACGCGCAUCUCGCAGGAGAAUAUUUCGCUGACCAAGGAGGUGCAGGAGCUGAAGGUGUCGCUGGAGAACAUUGAGUACACCAAGCACCAGCUGCAGACGGCGCUCAACGACGCCAACCGCCGGCUGGAGGAGGAGGACCGGCGCCGCUCGGCGCUCGAGUCGCAGCUGCACACGGUCGAGACGGAGCUGGAGUCGAUCCGGCGUCAGCUGGAGGAGGAGUCGGAGGCGCGCCUAGACCUGGAGCGCCAGCUGGUCAAGGCCAAGGCCGACGCCGACAACUGGCGCGUCAAGUACGAGAACGAGGCGCUGGCGCGCGCCGAGGAGAUCGAGGAGCUGCGCCGCAAGUUCGCGCUCAAGAUCCAGGAGCAGGAGGAGCACAUCGAGUCGCUGAUGGCCAAGCUGGCCCAGGUGGAGAAGCAGAAGUCGCGACUGCAGUCCGAGGUGGAGGUGCUCAUCAUCGACCUCGAGAAGGCCAACGGCACGUGCCGCGAGCUCCAGAAACGGGUGGAGAUGCUGGAGCGCAUGAACAGCGACCUCAAGUCCAAGAUGGACGAGCUGGCCGCCCUGUACGAGCAGAGCCAGCGCGACAACCGCGCCAAAGCCGCCGAAAUACAGCGCCUCAACGUCGAAAACGACAAACUCAAAGACCAGAACAACUCGCUGAACCGCGAGAACAAGAAGCUGGGCGACGAGAACCACGACCUGAAGAACGCGCUGGCCGAGCUGACGCGCCGCUACCACGAGCUGGAGCUGGAGAACCGCCGGCUGGAGAACGAGCGACAGGAGCUGGCCGCCGCCUACAAGGAGGCAGAGGCCGGCCGGCGGGCCGAGGAGGCGCGCGCCCAGUCGCUCUCGGCCGAACUGUCCUCGGUCCGCCACGAAAUGGAGAAGAGGCUGGCUGCCAAGGAGGAGGAGCUCGAGUCGGUCAGGAAAACCCUGACCCUGGAGAUCGAGCAGCUGAAUGGCCGCCUGGCUGAUGCCGAGGCGCGUCUCAAGGCUGAGGUCCUUCGUAUUAAAAAGAAAAUGCAAAUCACCAUCACAGAGCUGGAGAUGUCGCUCGACGUCGCCAACAAAAACAACAUCGAGCUUCAGAAGCAGAUCAAGAAACUGUCUCUGCAGCUGACGGAGCUGCAGGCGCACUACGACGACGUGCAGCGCCAGUUGCAGGCCACCCUGGACCAGUACGGCAUCGCGCAGCGGCGCAUCCAGGCGCUCUCCGCCGAGAACGAGGAGCUGCGCGGCAACCUGGACCAGGCUCAGCGCCAGAAGCGCGCCGCAGAGGACCAGGCGGAGGAGUUCCGCGUGCGCAUCAACGAGCUGCAGACCAUCAACGUCAACCUGACCAGCGUUAAGAGCAAGCUGGAGCAGGAGCUGGGCAACCUCACCGCUGACUACGACGAGGUCACCAAAGAGCUCAAGAUGGCUGACGACAGGUGUAUGAAGGUUCAGAGCGAGCUGAAACACACCACCGACAUCCUCAACGAGGAGCAGGUGCGCAUCGUCAAGAUCGAGACCAUCAAGAAGUCGCUGGAGGUGGAGGUGAAGAACCUCACCAUCCGGCUGGAGGAGGUGGAGGCCAGCGCCAUCGCCGGCGGCCGGCGCGUCAUCAGCAAACUCGAGGCCAGGCUGCGCGAUUUGGAGCUGGAGUUUGAUAACGAGAAGCGUCGCCACGCCGAGACGCUCAGCCUGCUGCGCAAGAAGGAGCGCAACGUCAAGGAGCUGAUGGUCCAGAUGGAGGAGGACCAGGCCAACAUCGCGCUCCUCAAGGAGUCGCUGGACAAGAGCUCGCAGAAGGUGAACCUGUACAAGCGGCAGCUGGCCGACCAGGAGGCCACCUCUGCACAAAACAUCAACCGCGUGCGGCGCUUCCAGCGCGAGCUGGAGGCGGCCGAGGCGCGCGCAGAGACCGCCGAGGGCAACAUGAACAUGAUCCGCACCAAGCACCGCAGCUUCGUCACGCAGUCGGCCGUUCCGGGCGGCUCCAUCACUGUCGUCCAAGAGUCGCGGCAUUUCACAGAAGAGUAGGGGGGACGGGACCGGACGGGCGGCGCCGCCGCCGCGAGGCUGGGCGCAGCGGCGGCGCCGUCACCGAUCGCGCGCGCGCGCUCCUUCUCUCUAUCUCCAACUCUGAUCGUUUCUGGCGCCGUUUCUUCUCCGCUGUCGCUGCCUCCACUCAGCUCGGACGCCCUGUACAGUACCGAGCCGGCGGUGUACACUGUACAGUACCGAGCCGGCGGCCACGGGCAUCGGCGGACGGCUCGAGCCGCUAGACGGCCAGUCAUUUGUCACACGUACGAGAUGGGUCGUAAUAAAACGAAAACAAGCCAA